AUGCCCAGCCAGGAGUUGUUCCGUAUUGGAGGCCCGUUGCCAGAGACCAACUACUUGUUCCUUGGUGACUAUGUGGACCGCGGCUACUACUCCGUGAAGACGGUGUCUUUGAUGUUCCUCUACAAAGUCCGCUUCAAGGAGCGCAUCACCAUCCUGCGCGGAAACCACGAGAGUCGCCAAAUCACACAGGUCUAUGGAUUCUUUGACGAAUGCGUGAGAGCCUACCGCGGCCCGCAGGUGUGGAAGCUGUUUACGGACUCCUUUGAUUAUUUGCCAGUGACAGCGGUGAUUGAAAAUCAGAUCAUUUGCAUGCACGGCGGAAUCUCUCCCUCUCUGGAUUCCUUGGACAACAUCCGACAGCUGGACCGGAUUCAGGAGGUCCCUCAUGAGGGCCCGAUGUGUGACUUGCUUUGGUCAGACCCAGAUGAUCGUUGUGGAUGGGGUAUUUCACCGAGAGGAGCUGGCUAUACUUUUGGGCAGGACAUCUCAGAGCAGUUCAAUCAUGCAAAUGGUCUCAAACUCAUUGCGCGUGCGCACCAGCUCGUCAUGGAGGGGUACAAUUGGUGCCAUGACAGGCAUGUCGUCACAAUCUUCUCAGCGCCCAAUUACUGCUACAGGUGUGGUAACCAAGCCGCCGUCAUGGAAAUUGACGAGCACCUCAAGUACACAUAUCUGCAAUUCGAUCCACCGCCUGUUCAGAAGGAGAUUCCAGCUGAAGGAGUGAAGCGCACUCCGGACUACUUCCUUUGA